AUGCAUAUUGGGCGCUUCACUGUUGGCCAACGACGAUCUUCAGAUCUACUCCAAUUUCAGGUGCAUAUACGGGCAAGCCAUUUUUUUUUCUUUAUUUUUGAUUCUUACUGCUCGGGCUCGGAAUUACCGUUUUAUCGAUUUCAUAAGUGCUUCGCAGAUUUAUGGGUUUUGGGGGGGAAAGGUGAAAAAACAUUUUCUAUUAAAAAAAUCUGGAAACAAGAAAAGGUACAGAAAAAGGAACAAGGAAGGGAGAAGAAAAGUUGUCACAAGUAUUGGCCUCGUCUUGAUACUUGCUUGGAAAAUUGA